AUAAGGCCAAAACUCAACAUUUGGACCCGGGGCUUACCAUAACUCCAGAAUCCACUACAGAGACUGAACCUUCUCUAACCAUGCAAGAGACCCCAACCCAGCCUCCAGAGCCACCUAAGGAGGUUGUUCAGUAUCCAUCCCAACAGGAAGUGACAGUUCCUACUCCAAGUAAGGAUCAAGGUCAGCAACCAACAUUGCCCAGUGUCACAGCUCAUCAUGUGGACUUGGGGGUUACCAUAACUCCAGAACCUACUACAGAGGCUGAACAUUCUACACCCAUGAAGGAGACUACAACUCCUCCCCCAAAGGACCUUGAGGUGACACUUGCACAUCCAAAACAGGUUCAGAGGCAACAUCGAAACCUGACUGAAGUCACGGUUCCACCUAUGGACCUAGAAAUUCCUGUAAGUCAGCAACCAGAGUCAUUUGAGACAGGUUUUCCUCCAACAACUCAACAUCCUGUGGUGCAUUUUGUAAACUAUACCUCAGAAAAGGCAUACACAACUUUAACUUGGCAACCAGAACAGAAUGCCACCACAAACCUCAAAAUAUGUGAGCUCUGUACCUGCAAAGGUGAGACACUGUCGUGUGUCGGUCUCAGCGUACAGCAGAGGCUCCGCAGAGUGCCCGUGCUGGAGCCCGACACCUACAACGGCACCUUCACCAUCUUAAAUUUCCAAGGAAACUCUAUUUCUCACAUUGAUAAAAAUGUAUGGAAGGGAUACCGUUGGGCUGAGAAACUAAUUCUCCGUGACAAUUAUCUGACCGAAUUACGUAAAGACACAUUUGAAGGCCUGCUAUCCCUCCAGUAUUUAAUUAUCAGUCGUAACCCUCUGUCAACUGUUGAAGAUUCCUAUCUUUUUAAGUUGCCAGCAUUAAAAUAUUUAGACAUGGGAUCAACACAGGUGUCACUUACAACAGUUGAGAGCAUCCUCAUGAUGACCCUUGAAUUGGAAACACUGAUUUUACCUAGCCGUAUGGCCUGCUGUCUCUGCCAAUUUAAAAAUACUGUUGAGGUUGUCUGUAAGACAGUCAAGCUACAUUGUGACAGUGCAUGUCUGACAAAUGGCACACGUUGUGAUCAGGAAGUAUACCCAAGGAAUGCAGAAGGAUCAUUCAUGAAGGUAUUGACAGCUCGAAAGAAGAGCGCCAGCACGGAGCUGACUAUUGAGCCAGAGAAGGCAUCCUCAGACAUAGAUCGUGUCAGUUUGUCAGCCUUUAUGAAUGAACAGCUAGACUUCAAUGACGAAAGUGAUGUCAUUAGUGCACUGAAUUACAUAUUGCCUUAUUUCUCGGAGGGCAAUCUAGAAGACGUAGAAUCGACGCUGUUACCGUUGAUUAAACUUCUGUUUUCAAAUAAGAGCCUAGACGAGGUUGAGAGUGUGGGGGAAAAGUCCCUGAGAGUGAACAAGGUCAUCAAGGGCCCAAAGGGCAUACGGAAAAGGCACUUAAAAGAACUGAGACAUCAGAACAUCCAGAGUAAACAGAACGCCCAGCCAUCUGUGGAGAACAUGGCCAAGGAAAGAAGGCUCAGGACACCAUCCCCAGGAGAGCUUCCCCUUCCCGUGGCGCACAGGCCCAGCAAAUCAGUGGGAAGCUCCUUCAAUCCAGAGCCUUCGUUCAUGGAUGAGCACAAGGCAGCGGUCUCUUCUCUCCUGAAGCAAUACUCUUUGGGCAGGCCUUCUGCCCCCCCCGCUCCAAAAUCCCCACCUGACAUGAAAAAAGAAUCAAAAGACUUAACGUACACCAUUUUUGUUCUAGAAGAUGCAAAUGCUAGAGUUAGAAAUAUGAAGGCUUUCGGACCAGCCUCACACCCCAGAAAGACACACCGCUUUCAUAAAAGUCGCUCCCGUGUGGUCCACAGAACACCCAAGGCCAAACCGAAUCGAAAGUCCAGAAAGGAAAGUUCACUCAGUAAUAGACAGCUGCUUGCAAAGAGGCCUCCAUCCUCUGCAGUCAGGAGCCUCAUAAAUUCCCCUUCACGAGAGGAUUUUUCAUCUCCGGGAGAAGUGAGUCCUCAGAAAAAUCCUUUUCCAGAAUUAUUUGCUCCUUCAGGAAGUUACAGAGAAAACGCUACUGUAGAGAACACUACUGCCCAAAAUGUUUCUGAAGAAAAUAUUUCUACAGGAAACACUACUGUGCCAGAACAAACCCUCCCUGAAUUCACAGACCGUAAGAAUCUUUCCGCUGCUAAUUCUACUGUUACUGCAGACAACUCUAUGCCGACCGUUAAACAAACCAAUGGUACACAACAGGAAUACCACAAUGCGGGCACUGGCUUGCCCCCAAAAGCCACAGGCUUCACUGUGUCAAAGCUCUCGUCCUCAGGUGAUCUGUUUGAAAUUCAGUUAAACCAGCAGCUACAGUCCCUCAUCCCCAGCAAUGACGUGAGAAGGCUCAUUUCUCAUGUUAUCCGGACUUUGAAAAUGGACUGCUCUGAGACCCAGGUGCAGCUGGCCUGUGCCAAGCUCGUCUCCAGAACAGGCCUCCUGAUGAAGCUUCUCAGCGAGCAGCAAGAAGUAAAGGUGUCCAAGGCAGAGUGGGAUACGGACCAAUGGAAAAAUGAGAAUUAUAUCAAUGAGAGCACAGAAGUCCAGAGUGAACAGAGAGGGCAGGAGUCAAGGGAGCUCACAAAAGAAGUUCCAGGCUAUGGCUAUAACAACAAACUCAUCUUGGCAAUAUCUGUGACUGUAGUAGUGAUGGUUUUGAUCAUGGUUUUCUGUCUCAUUGAGAUUUAUUCUCAUAGAACAGCAGCCAAGGAAGGUAAAGAAGGAGGCUCAAGGGGCUUCUUUGGAUCUCUGGUGCGUAAGAGAUGCUCAGAGGAAAGUGACAAUCAGGAGGGCUUUUUCUGGAGAAGGCAGCCACUUUGGCUUAGGGACAUGUACAGACCUCUCAAUGCCACACGCAAGAAAAACAUGGCACAGAAGCUACACGACAAGGAUUCUUCUGAUGAAGAUGAGAUUUUCAACAUGGAACUAGGGGAGGCUGGCAAAGCCACAGCAGAGAAGACUCGGACCACAGAUUCCACUACUGAAGAGCUGGGUGACGAGAGUGAGACAGCAUGUGAGAUUGUCACAGAGUGAACGCCGUCCUGCCUCAGGCCACCUACAAAGUUUACUUUCCGAUACUGGCUUCUCAGCAUUGCUUAUAAAAUACUUGUUUUUCUCAUAUUAAAAUGUAUAAAUCCAUAA